CAACGAAGAAUCGGGAGAAGGUACUUGAGCAAAUAUACAAGCGGCGCCGGAAUUGCUUGGUUUGCAAUUUCAACAGAAAUUUAGGGCACAUGAUGUAUCUAGAAAUUGUCACGUCAUAGUGAUGAUCUCGAAAGGGGCCGAGACGCUUUAAAGCCGUGCAAGAACAAUCAAGAAAGUGGAACAACAAAAAGAGGUUCGGGAAGUAUGGAAGAUCAGCGUAUGACCUGGCUGCCGGCACGCGUACAUGCUACGUUGCACGCUAAAGUGUUUUCCAGCACACACAGCCGCCGCACAUAGACUAAUGAGUUGAGAAGAAAGACCGAGCAUUGACCACAUCAAACCAAACCUUCUUCCUCACAACCAAGACAACUUCGGCAAACAUGAUGAUACGGCACAUUCAGACGGCAUUGCUUUGCUUGUUGGCAUUACUUUGCACAUUCGCAUUCGGAUCACAGAUUGCACUUUCAGGUGCAAAGCUAUCCAUUUCAACCAUUGAUGGUUCAGCACGGAUCUCUCAAGGAUUCGAUUUAAAAACAUCCCCCAGAGUUCCAUCGCCUCUUCCAAUCGAGUCAGAUGAAGUUUUACGAUUGGCUUUCACAUUACAAGGAACAGAUGGUGAAAAGCUGCCGGCCAGUCAACAACCACAUCAAAUCGUCGUCAGUCUAACUGAUGCAGAAAAUGAAGAGAUUGCAUAUACUAGCAUCGUUACCGUCAAACGCAGUUCUGGAAAAGCAACAUGGAAUCAAAGAUUCAAUCGUCUUCCUGCCAUAUUGACACAAUCAAAGAGUGGCUUAUUGAAAGCUUCCCUUUUGAUCGGUUCAUUUGACCAUUCUACCGCACCUGUUCGUUUACCAUUGGCAACGAUCAAACUUCCAUCUUCGCUAUUGCAAGAUUCCGCUCCCCUUACGCCACGUCAACGCAAAGAAGCACAACAAGGAUUCGGUCGUCAUGCAGAUCAUUUCCAUACAUUUGCAACACCUGCCGCUGAUCAAAUGCCUGCAAAGAGUAUUACAACAUUGGCAGCUCUUUUGACUUUGGUCGUGCCUUGGGCCAUCUUUUUCGUUUUGUACAAGCAAAUCGCUCCUUCUCUCAACAUUCAAACACCUUCUCCACGCGCUUCUCCGUUCGUUGUCUCUUUGGUUGCUUUGGAACUUUUGGCUUUCAUCUACUGGCAAGGAUUUGGAUUGACUUUGUUCAAAUUGAUUCCAUGGCUAUUGGCUUUUUCCACGUUGACCCUGUUCACGGGAAGAAAUGCAUUGCAGGAGAUGCGAAAGGUCAGAUUGGGAAAGACGGCAUAAUUAGACGUAUUCGUAAUAAAUGCUCAUCUUUCUAGUAUUGAAAGAGAUUUAAAAAAUGUACGAUGGUA